AGGAGAUGGUCAGAGACUGCAGACAUACCACAGGAGAUGGUCAGAGACUGCGGACAUACUAACGGAGACGGUCAGAGACUGCGGACAUACUAAUGGAGACGGUCAGAGACUUCGGACAUACUAGAGGAGACAGUCAGAGAUUGCGGACAUACUACAGGAGAUGGUGAGAGACAGCGGACAUACUACAGGAGACGGUCAGAGACUGCAGACAUACUACAGGUGAUGGUCAGAGACUGGGGACAUACUACAGGAGAUGGUCAGAGACUGCAGACAUACUAAAGGAGACGGUCAGAGACUACAGACAUACUCCAGGAGAUGGUCAGAGACUGCAGACAUACUACAGGAGAUGGUCAGAGAGUGCGGACAUACUACAGGAGACGGUCAGAGACUGCAGACAUACUACAGGAGAUGGUCAGAGAGUGCGGACAUACUACAGGAGAUGGUCAGAGAC